CUGGCGGUGUGCGGUAUUAACUAUUAAUAUUGGACAUCCGGUGGCAGCGCCAGCUGCGCCCCUAAUUUUUUUUAGUCUUCGCAUCGGAGCUCUGGGAUUGUUUGAACCUGAUACCACGGAUCGCCGGAGUACAUGUCAAAGGGAGCUGACUGGUAGGCCAUGGGCAGAGGGAGUUGAACACCCUCACACUGCUGCACUACGAUUGGUUGAAACCCCCCUGACCGGCUUACUACAUCCUCCUUCCAGCAAAGUCGCACAGCGUUGGCUCUGUGAACCUACCCUGACACACCCCACCUCCUCGCCCCUGGCAUGCCUCAGCCGGGCAUGAAUGGGCUGGAGCCGGCAUUUGGUGAGGCCUACAGCAACCACCGGGGCCUGCUGAGCCCCUACCCCCCCGCCAUGUCUCCACAGGGGGGCCGGACGGAGUACAACCAGAGUGUGCUGCUGAUGCUGGGCUCCCCGGCGAUGCCACGGAAGCGGCCCUUUGAGUUGCUAAGCGACCUCGUGGACGACGGGGGAUUCGGCGAGGACCUGCACCCGGAGCACUGGGACGUGUCGGAACUGGACGAGAUGGCCCGCUAUGCCAAACCAGGCCUGGGGGUGGACGGGGGUCCGGCCGGCACGGAGGAGGAGGCGGUGCUCCUGGGCCGCUGGGGGCGGAGCUCGGAGGAGGAGGAGGAGAGGAGGAGGAAGAGGAUCGCCGGGGAGACCCACGCCACUGAGACGCACGGCGCUGGGGAUCAUUGGGGCGGAGGGGGUGGAUGCGCUGCGGAGAGGAAGCUGUGCCCUGGAGGAGGAAGGGAGGCGGAGGAGAGGGUUUCUAACGUGGAGGUGUACCAGGUGGAGCAGCAGCAGCAAGAAGAAGAACAACAUCAAGAGGAGGAAGGAAGAAGGGGAGGAGGAGGGGGGACAGAGGAGCAGGAGGUUACUGCGUCUUUGGGAGCUCCAGGACUGGAGCUCUGCAGCGAGGAGCACAACUACUCCCUGACCCAGGGAGAAGAGCUGGCGGCUGGGCUUGAGGACGAUGCCCAGGUCCCACCCUACCAGACCCCGCUCAGAUCCCCACAACAACACCAGCAGGAGGAGGUGGGGCAGGACAUGAGUCAACCCAGACUGGAAGAAGAGGAGGAGGAGGAGGAGGAGGAGGAGAAGGAGGAGCAGCAGCAGCAGCAGCAGCAGCAGGAAGAAGAUUAUGAGGAAGACGAAGAGGAGGAGGAGGAGGUAGAGGAGGAGGAGGAGGAGGAGGAAGGGGCGGAGGAAACGGCUGUGGAGGCGGAGGAUUCCAGCUCUUCUGAGUCAGAGUGUGAGGUGGAGGAGCUAGCGGUCAAGCCCAGUGGGGAGCGCCCUCAGAAGCGCCGGUGCUUCUGGGAGUACCGGCGUGCCCGCGAGUCCGCUGCCAAGAAGCGUCUGGCGGGGGAGAUGCGCUGGUCGCUCUCCUGGAGUUCCAGCACCCUGCCUAGCACCCUGUACCGCAGAGAGGGGAAGAAGGGCCGUCGCAAGGCCAGAAAGACGGAUGCCAGCGACCUGACGCCCAACCCCCAGAAGCUCCAUAGCAUUGGCGAGCAGCUGCAAAAGCUCAACGCCGCCAUCGACGGGAUGGGCCCCGUUAAUGACCUGCCCGCCGUCGCCCGCGCUCGCUCCCGCAAGGAGAAGAACAAGCUAGCCUCCAGGGCAUGCAGGCUGAAGAAGAAAGCUCAGCAUGAGGCCAACAAGAUCAAACUAUGGGGCCUCAACCAGGAGUACGAUCACCUGCUGGGUGCUCUGCUGAGGAUCAAGGAGGUGAUCCGCCGGCGCGUGGAGAGCAGCGAGGAAGACGACACGGACGUCCGAGGGAUGACCCAGCGCCUGGAAGACAUCCUCAAAGACUCCAGUGGUCCUCUGGUGGCGGGGCGGACCAAAGACUUUGUGCAGCGGAUCCUGGCGGCCAGCGCGGGGGGACAGACCAAGCGGACCCCCCAGGGAGGGGACGGGGGUCUGGCGGUCUGAACUUCCGACCCCCUCAUUCCCCCCUCGUACACCACUACCACCAACAAACCUAUGACCCUUCUCCGGCACCGCAGCCCGGUCUCCGCCUUACGGAGACCCCCUGUGGCGACCGCCGCAACACGCAUCCACACUUACAAACGCACAGUCAGUCCCCAGAGUGCGUGAGAGACGGAGACAGAGGGACAAUUGGAAAGACUUUCCUGCCAAUCUCCCAUCAGUCUCUCACACCCCCUAAUGUCUCUGGCAAGCUAGAAACUGCUGCUGACUUUAUCCUGUAUGUUCUACUCUGUGUGUGUGUGUGUGUGUGUGUGUGUGUGUGUGUGUCUGUGUGCGCGUGUGUGUAUAUAUCUAUCUCUAUAUUUAUAUCUAUAUAAAUAGAUAUAGAGAUACGCUGUUUGAUAGUGUUGUGAUUUCUUGAUUCCUCUCGACGUGCUGUAUUCCUACCCCAUUGUGCCUGAAUAGACAUUGCACUGUUUUAGUAGGAGGUCAUCGUGGAGUGGCCCGUAGUAAUCUGAGGGGAGGCGGUCUUUAAAGGAGAAACAAACCCAAAGCCCAUUUCGAGAUUGGUUUGCAUUGACUCCCUCUCUAGGUUACACUCAUGCAAUUGCAUCCAUAACCUGGGAUUGGCAUACAUGGGUACCAUGGUUACCCGGUCACCUCCCGGACGAGUGUCGAUGCGACACAGCUGUCCCCGGCUCAUUGCCGACCUGAAGGGGCGUUUACAGUGGCGCCGCAAGCCCUGCCCCACCAGGAAAAGAAACAACAACCUGAAAGUAUUUUUAAAAGGGGGAGUCAGGGGGUUUGGUUCUCCUUCUUUAAGUAAGGGAGUGGGCGGGGCAUACACAAGGCCUCUCCCGCUAAAUGAAGCCAGUGUUGCCAAGCGACCCGUGCUGGCUGGCAUACCGAUGCCCUGUUCUAUUAUCCACCCUGGAGCUCCGCCCCAGCGCUCGGGGAGUGAGAUGCGCAGUCCUAGCAUUUGACGUAGACCUUCCUGUUUAUUUUAUUAAGCCAAAGCGCUUGGUGCACUUGUUGGAAGACGCCUAACUGGCGAUGCUGCAUCACUGUUAUCAUGUUUAACGUUGACACCAAGUGAUGAAAUCAUGUGAUCAGUUCAGUCCGAUUUCAAUGACCAAAAAGAAAUUACCGGCGAAUAGGAAAGUGGAUAAUUCACCAAGUGGACCGUGACUGUGGAUAAUGGAACGGGGUAUGGUUGAUCUAUGUCAAUCAACCCCUGGAGGAGUGAGGUUAUUCCUCUACCAGUGCAGACCUGAGACUGUUUAUAGUUGUUUCUCAACCCUCAAACUCCCCAAACAAACAAAUCGAUGUCGAAGGAGCACAGUGUAAGGUUCCCUAGUGCUUCACAAGUUAACAUUCUCAAAACCUAACUUUAUAUAGUUAGCUGACUUGACAUAUCCAGUUAAAACUGGACACGUCAAUAAAAAGACACAAAUACCUGCUUAUUUGAGGUAGGAAGUAUCAAUCGUACACAGUGCCCCUUCCAAAUCAAACCAACUGACUAGAAUGCACCUUACUGCACCAAAGUGACCAAAGAGUAUUGAAUCGGACUGCAGAAAAUGUCCAUCUCGGAUUCUAAUAGUAAUGAUGGUAGGUAGAGGGUCGAUAAUUAAAUUAUUAUUGGCUGCUCUCCUAUACACCCUGAAUGGUGGAUGGAUAAUAAGGGUUCGCCCUAAUGCACUAUGACCCCCGUUGAGGUGUCCAAACCAGCAGGUCUGGGAUGCAGCCUCUAUCCUGGGAUGGCCGGUCCAGCCUGGCUGUCUCUCUGCACCACCAUUGGCUGUAUUUUGUGGGUUUCCCUCAAAGUGUCAAUAUUUUUUUUCCCCCGAGCCACCUCCACAACCCCCUGACCUUAAUAUGUAGCAGACCCAGCAAGGAGAGACGUGUCCAGCGUUCAGGGAGUGGAGGUCCUGCCCAUGUCGUUGGCUCCGCCUCUGCUCUGAGCGGAGUGCGGUGGAAGUCUUAAAGGUUAAACCUUGACCCGUGUUGCUGUAUCCUGAGCCUCAAAACUCGGGAGGACUUCCACUUUUUGAUCGCGGAAAUUCAACCUCUGAGCAUACAUUCCUAAAUUGUCAAUGACAAAUGGGCAUAUAUUGACAAAAGGAUGUUCCAGAUGCUAUAAAAGUAAAUGUUUGUUAAAUUGAUACAUUUUUGUGUGGGAUCGAUUUUUGGCAAAGUCAGGCCUAUCCCAGUGGGUGUCGAGCUCCUAGAGCCGUUGUGAAAAAACUGCCUUUACUUUGGUUGUCUCUUGCUCUAUUCAGACCGUGUUGUCCGAGGUCUCUAAACUUUGUUGGACAUAAAUGACAAGGACCCUUACCCAUUGCACUGUGGCAAGAUCACCCGAGCACCUUUGUUUCCUUUUUAAGAGGGCUUUGAACCUUUUUUAUAAUUCUGAAUUUAUCAAGAGGCAUGUAUGUUUCAAUAGUUUUAUUGUAAACUUGUGGUGAGAUGUGUAUCGUAUGGUGCUACCGUACCUGCUAGGGGGAGGUUAAGGUGUGCUAUAUGCCUCGAAUAAGUUAUGCUGGACGGUCUUUUGCCAGGCCAUAAUUCUCACGGUCAAUCUGUUUUGUAUAGCGUGGUUGUUUUGGGAAGGAGGUUGAAACCACAGCAACGUGUCAUUAUGCCGGAUCAUCAAACCCCUAAUUUAAAAUGUCAUCGUCAAACCCACAGCCCUGGCUUCAACCUGACCCAACCUGACCUCAUUUGACUUGAUAUUGGACUGAGAAAAUAAAACCCACCACACUAAUGCCUAAAGUGUACCCCCUACCUUUCUAUUGAGUACAAAGGAACAAAAGAAUAAGUAACAUAGAAGGUGAACACUUUACAGACCCCGAACUAUAGACUAGAGGAAAAACGAGAGCUGGACCCGGAGUGGUUGUAGGGUUAGGCAAUACCCCAGUUUUUUGUGGGUUUGUCUGUGACCUGGACUCCUGCCUGGGCGGUGAUCCAAAGCCAUUGUCCCAUGGCGGCUACAACUUUGAAGGAAAUGUCCUCACCCGGUGUUGAGGGCCUAAAUACCCCUACCAGCGGCUUCCUCCGCCCGCCUCUCAGAGGGGCCACACUGAGAGCUACAGACGCAUUCGUUUUUAGGGGAGGGACUCUGUCUCUGAUUUCACCCUCUCAUGCACGACCCUCAGAUGAACGGGGUGGCCGGGUGAAGUGGUGGGUAAGCAGAGCUCCCCAGCGCUGUUCAGGAACCUGAUGCCCCAGCCAGAUGGGUCCCCCCCCCCUCCCUCCCCAUGCUCUAUUAAACAAUUUCUUAAUGCCGCAACAAAUAUCUGCAAUGAGGAGUUGUUUCAAAUUGGCAGUUUUGCCUUCUUGGUCUCAGUGCAUGAAAACCAAAGGUGGGCAAAGUAGGAGUGGAGAAUUUUGGAUAUUUUCUGUUUUUUUUCCAUUAUUUUUCUUUUGUUCCAUGUUAGAGCUGCUACUGUUGGAGUUUCUCCCCUACUGGGGCUUCUUUUUGAACCGGCAAGAGAAGCCACAGGACCCCUGUGUCAGCAAACAACCGACCAUAAUGACACCAGCCUCCUACUGCACUAAUCAAAUGAGAACGUGCCUGCCAAAAACCAGACAGACCAUUUUGAAUACUUGGGCAAAGCAUGUGAUUUUUUGUUUUGGGUUCACCGAGUUUUCCCUGUUGGCUUUAGACGGGUGUCCUGUAACACAACAGCCCAUCUCCUCAGUGCAUCACUCUAUAGCCCUCAACUAGGGGCAUUCUCAACCGUGAUCACGUUAGCCUGAUCGACAGAUAGGCAACCUGGUAUCUGUAUAGACAACCUUGUCUGUCACAUAACAACCUUUCAACCUGACCAGGGCAUCGUGAAUGCAUUAACAACUGAGCAGGUUGACUGUUUUUGUCAUCGGCAAGUUUACCAGUCUGCGAUCACAUUCCAACAACGUAGCAAGCCUUCCUUGGUUUCUGUCCAUAUAGCCAUGGAACAUGAGGUUCAAUUCAAACCCUACUUCUAAGUACUGUAAGUCAACUCUUAGCAUUUACCGGAUGCUAGCUUAGCCUUCCUGGUUUUUUUUGUGGCCUUAACCCAUGAUGGAGACAAGACAAGAUUCUGAGCCUGGAUACGAUGUUUGAUAUUUACUGUGUAGAUGACAGGAAUCGGAUCAAAGUGGCUUUAAAGCCAUGACUUAAAGGCCCAGUCAGGAUAUCGGGCACAGUAGCGAUUCUAAGGGUUUGCAUCCCGGGUCUGUCCCAGAGAUGCCCAAGGGACCAGUAAAUGUCUCCCAUACUUGAUGUCUGUCUACUGGGAGAAGGAGGGGGGAGGAGAAACCUCUGAGACGUUUCAACGUUUUUAACUUAUGGCAGUGAUUUAGAAAUCCUUUUGGUGCCAAACGCAAGAAGUUGUAUUCAAGUGUGCUGUGGCUGCUCAUGAGGGUUGUCCCAAACGCAAGGCAGUUCUGCCAACGAAAAUGUUCAUUCCACAUCCAAUGUACUUUGUAUAGCAUGUAGUGCAAUGGAAGAUUAUCUGAACUGAUGUUAGAUACGAUAAUAACUCAAGAUGGGAAAUUCCAAUGGACUUUCGUGAUGAAAGUGCAGGUGUGAAGGCCAGAGUCUUUUGUCGGGGAAAAGGUCGCCCUGGGGCCGCCCUCUUGCUGAGAGGCCUAGGGUGCUGGAGCAGAACCAGUCUGGGGGGGGGGUAGAGCAUCUCCUGGCUCUGCUGCUAUUGAUGCUGGUGACAGCCAGUGAGAAGGCGGCACUCCUGGCUCAAAGCCAGAGUCGCCGGCGUCGUCUGUAGUGCCUCGUCAGGCAGGUCGUGAGGGGCUUCUUGGACAGGAAGUGAGCGGGGGUGGGAGUGGGGGGGAGGAACCAUUAGGAUUUCAUUAAGGAAUGAAUGCGUAAUGUGUCCGUCAGGGGGUAACAAGAAAAAAAACGUACACAAUCUCAUCCCGAGCUGGCUUGCGUGUCUGUAAGCACAGGGCUUGGUGGACUGCCAAGAGAAUGUACAGAAACAUUCCACAAUUCCAUGUUAUAUACUGUACAGCAAACCCUAUAUCAAUCCUUCUCGUCUUAUCUCUGCACUAGACUUUGUCUUCUUCUUCAGUCACCUGCAGUCAUCGCAUUACAGUGACCCCCCCCUGUGCAUUAACACAUGGCUAUGUACAAGCCCUUUAUCAGUAUGUCACAUUAAGGACUAGAGAAACCAAUCAUUAACACGUUGUCGUGUACGUUGUUAGAGCGUACCGUUUAGGGGAUAAAACAAACUAUAUAUAAAAAAAAAAAGAUGCUACAAGAAGUGCCGUACAAAUAGAAUCAUAUUUUUGUUGGUUUUGUUUUGUGUGAGUGUACUGUACUCCUGUAUAAUGUAUAUUUUAAUAUUUAUAUGCAGCUGUUGUAUUAUUAAAGUAUAUUUUUAAAAUAG